AACGGCUUGUUUACAAACACGCGGAAUUCCUCGUCGAACGGUGUGGUGCAUUUACCGCGCGGAACAUUUUCGAUUCUUGAGAUAAAAAUAUUUAAUCAGGUGCUAGUUAGAAAUGGGUGCCAUCACAAACAGACGCGGCGGCGGAGGUCGUGGAGGCGGAGGCCGAGGUCGCGGAGAUGGUGGAGGAGACCGCGGCAGACCUAGGACCGGUCAGAAUCGGGAACACAGCGGAGGCAAACCCAACAAUGACAAAUUCUUCCAAAAACGGAACCACAACUCGGAGAGCAACUUUAGGGGUGGUGGUGGUGGCCGAGGCGGAGGUGGUCGUGGAAGUUUUGGGGGAGGUCGUGGCCGAGGAGGCGGUGGUCGCGGAAAUUUUGGGGGAGGUCGUGGCGGUGGACGUUCCUUCGGUGGAAAUAAGCCUUUCAAUAGGGAUGAGCAAGGUCAGACGCAACGGUUUGGAGGAAAUCGUUCCGAUGGUCCAGCGCAAAACGGAGAACGUCGUCCGUUCCACGGUGGAAAUAAACCAUUCAACAGAGACCAGCAGCAAGGGCAAGCGCAACGGGGUGGUGGAUUUAAGAGCCAGGGAAAUAGGCAGCGCGGAGGACCCCCGGAUCGGCGGCCGCCACAUGGUGGUCAGGGAGGCCAGAGGAGCUUCAACGGAAAGCAGGAAGGAGGCGACCGGCGGCCAUUUAACAAAAAUCAAAAUAAUGGCGGAGGCGCUAAGUGGGGCGACAAACCACGUGGGCCGAACGAACAUAACCACCAAAAAGAGGGGGAGCAAAAUUUGGACGACCUGUUCACCGAGAAGCCGGAAAAGCUAAAUUACUGUCUGGCGCCGGAGCGAUUGGAGGCGCAGGCGCGUGCCAUCAAGCGGUUCGAGCAGCAGGACCGGGACGAGGACCAGCAGCAGCGCAAGACGGAGAAGGACCGACGCCACAAGCUGAUGACGGCCAAAACCCGCAAAGGACAACCGGUGAUGCAGGGCCGGAUGGAGCUGCUGUACGAGAAGGUGCAGAAGGUGGUCGGCCACCAGGGAUAGAUGAUAUAUUAUAGAAGAUGUUUACACUGUAUAAUACUUUAUUUCCUAACAAUAUGAGCAGGGGCAGGCUGCCUCUUCGUUUAUUGGAAUAUUUGAAAUACAACACUCUGAAUUUUUCAAUUGAACUAAAACAACGUGUAAAGUUGCAAUUUGCACUAAACUUAGCCGAGUUUGAACGAAUAAAAUGAUAAUCGUUUGAAAGGGA